AGCAACAGGCCACGGAGGGAGUUGAGAGAGAGAGCGGGAACCCCUGAUGCCCCGUGGAUUGGAGGAGAAUUUUGGCGCGGAAGACAGAGGAGGAGCUGAGGGAGAAGAGGAGAGGAAGACGCUGCAGGACCGUGUGUGUGGGGUCCGGCGUGAGGAGCGGCGCACGUGAACGGGGAGCCGCCGCAGAGGAGAGCAAAGAGCCGCCAGCCGCAGCGGAGGAUAGAGCAGACUCCCGCCAGCCGCCGCCAGCAAGGGGUCCGGGCCGCAGAAGGAGAGAACGCGGUCAGCCAGGGAGGCACCGCCGGCCACCACUACACGGCGCUAAGGGAGGGAGCGGACCUAACGUCCGAGGCUGCCGAGUAAGAGCCGCAACAGGUGCAGACAGGAAGCACCGCCGCGCAGAGGGAAAAAGGAGAGAGAAGCUGCUGCCACCCACGCAGAAGGGAGACAACCAGCAGCAGGUACUGGGUCAGUGAGGUCCAGCUGUAAUAGAGUGUAAAGGGUAAAAAGGGGGACGCCCCUGCUCAUUCCAAUCCCAGAAAGCUCCCCUCAGCCUCCAUUAUACCUGGCCCUUACAGUGACACUCUGCAUGAGCUAUCUCUAUGUGAGCUCCUCUGAAAGUCAAUAUUUUGCUUAGGAGUAGAGUGACUCUCAGUGACUUUUCCGUGGAUACGAAUACGGUCAGUACCAUUAGCAAUUGCUGCCGUGUUAUCUUACCAACAGUUAGUACUGCACACCUUCCUACAAGUACUUACCUUACGUCCACUGACGUCCCCUCCGGAGUUUACUGUUGGGAGUUCAAGUACUUUGUUAAAGGGACACUGACCGCAAAUGCCCACUGGGCGCAGGAACUGAACAUUAGUGCCCGGCGUGUAGCGCCAUCCUAUGGAUAGUUUAAGAAGUGCAACAGAAUUACUGUCAGGACAUUCCUUACUCUAAAGAUACCAUUACAUACCAAAUGAUUGCUAUUGCAUGUAACAAUAUUUGAUCGUCUGCCGAGUUAUUGUCAUGCCUGCUGAAAUACAUAGGCUGUAACCACUGUUGUAGAUAGGGAAAGAAAUAGGGUGUUGAGAUGAUGUUUAAGAUAUGCAUUUGCACCAAGUGAGGACGGAGUUAUAGCGGUGACCGAUAUCUUCAGCGUAAUAAAUGGUUGUCACCGUCCCCCUGCGUACUGGUUCUUGAGCAUAUUGUGUUUGGGUUGUCUUCCCGGGGUUCUCCUGGUCCUUCUGCCGCAGCGUCACAGGUGACAGGAAGAAUAGUCGCGGAUCUCGACAUCGUUGAAGAGUGGAUACGGCCGACCACGAAAACGACAGAGCUUCAGCUGGUGAGUUUCACAAAUGAGGUGCAGGAAUUUAGCCAAGCCAAAAAACAGGAUGUGGUGUCAUUUAUUAAUCUCUCGACUAUCGGUACAAUUACCAAGAUCCCAAGUCUGAUUGAAGUUUUCAUGUAUAUGUAACAAGUGGUCUGGGUCAUUGGACUGGAGCUGGACUGGAACACACAGAUAGGCAGGCUAUUUUUGAAAUUACAGAAGCAUACAGGCAAUGUGUGGAACUGAUUGAAGAAAGCAGCUUUAAAGGUGACCAGUUUAUCAACAUAAUAGGAACAGAGUUCAAGAAACUAAAAGAAAAAUUCAGAGUUAUUCUUGCAAAGUUCAGUAAAAGGGUCUGCCCAAACAAGAAAGGUGAAGUUAAUUGUGGUAUAAUGAUGCAAACAUUUACAACCUGUGAAAGCUGUGAAGAAGAGAAACUUGUUUGUGUAGGAGGUCCAGCAAAGCUCUCAGAUUGGUUUGAUAAAUGCAGCUGUUAUUGUACUUCUGAAAAAGCUUGUCAGGAUUUGCAAACUGGCCAAAGUUGUACACCCUGUAAAAACUAUAUUCAUUUCUUUAAUGCAGCUCUAUUCUGUGGAGAGAGAAUAAUGGAAGUUGAAGAAGAUGAAGAUCUGAUCUUGGACUGUAGAUUAAUGUGGCAUUUAAAAUUGGAGGACCAAUAUCAAUUUGCAUUCUAUAAGAACAGUGACCAAUUUCCCAUGAAGAUGUCAGAUGAUCCCUUCUUUGUGAAGAAAGAAAUGCAAAUGAAUGACUCCGAUGUAUACCUAUGUCGUACACAAUUACUUUCGGGUAUUCCAGUCAGCAUCAUUACAUAUAAAGUAAACGUUGUGAAUAGACGAACAACUAGAGCGUUCAAGCCCCGGCCUACAUUGCCAGACAUUGCUCCUGACAUACCACAUACAGCAGCUAAUGUGGAUAUUGAGGAAACAAUCAGCACACAUGCUCAGAUUGUAACAUAUGUUUGUGGCAGCUUCAUCAUCAUAGUCAUUUUAUCCCUGAGUGUGUACCUGUUGUGUAAGAAGGAAACAAUAACAAAAAAAGAUUUUAAAAAAGAGAAAAAAUAUCUGGAAGACAUGGAAGCUAUGAUGUCCUUGAAUUGCCUGUCUUGAUAAAUUGGUCCGAAACUUCGACGGCAACACUGCUUGAACUAAAUGAAACCAUAUGGAAAUUUUCAAAUAUGUCUGAAAGACUGAUUUUUGGCGUGAAUGCACCCUCCACCUGGGUGGUAGAU